CAAGAGCAAGUACUCCUGGAAGCGAAGCGAGGGCGACGGCGACCGCACCAUCUCUGCCUCAUCCAACCUCGCCUCUCCUUCAGACGAUACCUCUGGCUGGGAUGUGGCGGCGGCGCCAAGGCGCCAUGAUCCCCAGGAUGGAGGUGUCUGGGUGGAGAAGAAGCGCUCGGCGAUGGCAUCGGAGGACUCAGGGAGCGGGCACCAGACUUCAUCCCCGAUCCGCCGCCCGCAUGGCAAACAGAAUAUCCCUCAGGUGCCUAUCCUAUCCCCUGCCCCAUAUGCAAGUCGAAUGAACAUCCUCCUGCUCGAUGUCCUCAAGUUUUUUGUGAGCGAUGUAACAAAUUAGGGCAUCUGGCUUCAGUUUGCAUGACAUUUCUUCCUUGGGAGUGUAUUGCUCUGAUGUGUGCAUUUCAAUCUAAGGGGCUGGGGUUUUACUACAUCCAUGAUUCUUGCACAGCCAAUCAGCUUAAGGAGAGAUCCAAUAAUAUUGUUGUGACUAUUGUUGAGGGUGAAACGUCGACCAGGCAGAUGGAGUUAGAUUUAUCUGACUACCUUGCCACAGGAUGGCGCUACUCAGCCCAUGCCAUUGGUCCUGGGGUGUUCGUGGUUCGAUUUUCUAAUCCUUGAGGUGUUGCUCAAAUCUGCUAUGUGGGUACUGUUACUCUGAAAACAAGUGGGGCUGUUAUACAUGCCACCCAUUGGUCAUCAGCUGUGGGAUCGAAGGGAGUUAUGGAAACUGCUUGGGUGAAAGUGAUCAAUGUACCUCUGGAUAAGAGAAGUCAGAGAAAUAUAGCUUUUGUUGCCUCGCUGGUGGGGGUUCCCCUGGAGAUUGAUGCUGCAACUUUGCAUCGUCUUGCUUCUGUCUGUGUGAAACUAGGAUGCAGGAAUGCUGAUGCUAUACCUGGGGUAGCUGAGGCAGUUCUAGGGGGCAUUUCUAUGAUUUUUUUCUAUGAGGUGGAGCAGGUGCUGGUUAGGGAUCCAAACCAUGAAGAAAUGGGAUAAAGGUGUCUCCUAACCCUGAUAGAGGAAACCCUAAAAGACCUAUGCAGGAUGUGACUCCUGGAGCUCAGAUGGGCAGCUCUUCAACUGGGCUUGGGGGGGAAUCUCUCCCCAUUCCCCAACCAGAAGUGCCUGACCCGAUUCGGGAGUCACAGGAGAGUAUGGAGUCUGAUGACUCUCUCCAUACUACUCUUCUCAUUGAAACCAUGGCAUAUGAUCAGGAGCAGGGAGAGAAAGAAAAAGUUGUGGAAAUGGUGGGCCAACAUGAUUCGACGCUGAAAGUGACCAGUGAGUACAUGGUGGGGUCCCCUGAGAUGAAUGCUAAGGUGAUUCCCACUCCCCCUUUAGUCACUGAGGAGAAUCUGUGCUUCAGUUUGAGGAAUGUGCAGAAUAAACUGGAGCGAGUGGAGGACAAGGCUGCGGCUGCAGCAAAAAAGAGGAACAUGGAAGGCAGGUUUGAUGGCUAGUGAUGACCGGGAGGCCAUGGAGCGCGGAGCCAAGAUGCUCGGGUCCAAUGCUUCGACAAUGAUGAGAAUCUGUGCGGCUCCAACCAAUUCAGCGAUGGACCGAUGCUCUCUCUGAUGCUUUGGAUUUACUUUUGCCAGGAUAGUUGUCUCACUCUGUUAGACUAUGUAUAGCUGCUGUACCU